GAUAGAGUUGCGGAGAAUGACGUAUUAUUUGUGAGACAACUUUACGUCGUGUUUAUGAACACCGGCUGCAAUCGUGGAGGACAGUAUCGUAGUUUUUUGAAAUCCUCUACUUCGAUAAAUAAGGCUGUGUUUUGAUUAACUUGCUCACGCACUGGAAGGACAUACAGGUGAAGGAUGUCUGUUGCAGCUCUACGUUUGAUCCGCUGUCGGAGGCUGAGUACAGCUGGACCACCUGGUGUGAAGAAAGUGCUUCAGUGGAAAGAUUUAAGGAAAGUUGCAAAAGUAACUGGAGCCGUUGUGUUGGGGGGCUGUCUUUUUAUUACUUAUGAGGUGGUAGCCUUGGAUAAGGCUGUGACCAUUGACACUAGUGCAAUUCUUCAGGAGAAAUACAAGUCUUACAUCUAUCUGAAAGCCACUCCCUCCGAUGAAAAAGACAACCUAGCUGCAGGGCUUACACACAAAACAAGGAGGGAACUUCAUAAAGCAGCAAGACGGUUUCUGGAAAUAUCCUCUAGGCUUUUUCUGCGAUCACUAGAUGAGCACUUUACCAACGUGGAUGCAGACCCACAUGAAGUGGCGUUAUGGGUCCUGCUGAAGAGGACAAUGUCGGCCAAUAAAGCCAUCAGACUUCAAGCUGUGCAGGAGCUAGCAGAUAAUUGUCAUUGGCAUGAUUACCAGUACCAGACAGCAGCCCAGGUUAUUGACCAGCGGACAGCAGUGGGCCUGGCCCGAACUCCUCGGGUCGACCUGCGAUUUUUCCGACACCCUCCUGCACUGCGCAACUUGGAGGAUGGUUUGUCAGCAGAGGAUGAACUGAGGCAGCUGUUGGCAUCUUUGCCCCAGUCUGAGGUGGACAAAUGUGUUCAGUACUUCACCUCAAUGGCCCUCAGAGAGAGCACUCAGUCCAUGGCAGCACAAAGGGGUGGUCUGUGGUGUUUUGGUGGCAAUGGGCUGCCUUAUGCCCAGAGCCUCACCUCUGUUCCUUCUGAGAAGGUGGAGUCCUUCUGUCUCCAGGCACUGGUACAGCACUCAAAGGUACAGAGUCACUGUGACCACAUAGUUGCCAAUGGGGGUCUACAGCUCCUCCAGAGGGUUUAUCAGCUCAGGGGAGAUUCCCUAAAAAUUCAGAGGAACAUUGUUCGCAUUAUAGGAAACUUGGCAUUAAAUGAAGGAGUUCACAAGGCCAUAGCCCAGUCUGGCUGGGUGUCUGUGCUGGCUGAGAUGAUGCAGUCUCCUCAUGUAAUGCAGGCAUCGCAUGCAGCUCGCGCUCUGGCCAACCUGGACAGGGAGACAGUGAAGGAGAAAUACCAAGAUGGUGUUUAUAUCCUUCACCCACAAACACGUGACAAUCAGCCAAUCAAAGCAGACGUGCUGUUCAUCCAUGGAAUUUUAGGGGCAGCUUUUAAGACAUGGAGACAGAAGGACCGUGUUACAUUAGAAGAAGAGAGGGAGGCUGAAAGCAAAGAUGACUAUACAGAGUGCUGGCCAAAGUCAUGGCUGGCUGCUGAUUGUCCAAAUCUGAGAGUACUGUCAGUGGAGUAUGACAGUCAUCUCAGUGACUGGAUGGCCAAAUGUCCUGCUGAAAAUCAGAGGAAGUCUUUGGCCUAUAGAAGUCAAGAGCUGCUAAAGAAGUUAAAACAGGCUGGAGUUGGAGAAAGGCCUGUGGUCUGGGUAGCCCACAGUAUGGGAGGAUUGCUUGUGAAGAAAAUGCUGAUGGAUGCCUCAGAGGAUCCAGAUAUGCAGGGGUUGUUACAAAACACCAAGGGUGUUAUGUUCUACAGUGUUCCUCAUCAUGGCACCUUUAUGGCAGAGUACUCGGUCAAUGUCAGAUAUCUUCUCUUUCCCUCUAUAGAAGUCAGAGAACUCUGUAAAGACUCACCAGCUCUGCGCAACCUGAACGAGAAUUUCCUGAGCAUUGCCAAAGAAAAGGAAAUCAAGGUGCUGAGCUUUGCAGAGACGCUGCCAACAAACAUCGGUCCCAUGAUCAAGAUACUUGUGGUACCAACACAGUCAGCAAAUCUUGGCAUCGGGGAGCUCAUUGAGGUAGACGUAGAUCACCUCAACAUCUGCAAGCCAGAGAAAAAGGACUCGUUUUUGUACAAACGCAGCCUCCAGUUCAUCCAGGAAGCACUGAAGAGCUACAUCAGCCACUGACUGAACUCUAUCAGCAGACACACUGAUACAACCUACUGUAUACUUGAAAUGUGGAAGAGCACAACCAUCCCACAAAAAACCAAAAGGAAACAACUGAUGCACAUUCACAUGGACAACCACUAAUGUGAUUAUAGUAUAGUUAGGGUAAAUUAAAUUAAUUUUAUUUUACUUGCUGAUAUAUAAAAAAAUGUGAUAAAGAAGCCUUUGUGCAUAUUUUGUUGUCCUAAUCAUGCACCUAUAUUUGUAUCUCUCACUAGUAAUUCAUGUGAAUUUUAAAGAUCAUUUGCAUUUUUUAAUAACAUAAUUACUAUGUUUACAAGUAAGUUCAGAUGAGAAUUUAUUCAAAUUCAAAAUUUACUUUUACUAUCAUUUUUCUUUAAUUUUAGACAUAUCACUUUAACACAGGAUACAUAAUACUUAUGUGUUGUAUAUUUACUUAAAGAUGCACUGACAUUUCAUUACCACUUGUAUGCCUCAGUAUUUUUGACCAGAGCAAUAAUUUAAAAUGUUAUUUUUAUAUUUAUGUAUCUUACUUUAACAACAGUAGGACAGUCAUAUUGGGUGCCAAAAUGUAUUUUUCUUCCUAAGCCUUACCUCAAGUGGACCUCAAUUAAUAUAUUACCGUAGUUCAGGUUGCUUUAUUUAUUUGGGCUGAUCAAACAAUUGAUCUGGAAUCUCCAUGUAUUUGCAACUGUCACUAGAAAUGCUAAAUACUGGCAAGGAAUUGAAUAAAUGUGUCAAACUGGA